AUGGCAGCGAUGAAGGAGCAGCUGCUGGCUGAGAUGGCCGAGGAGCGAGAUAUGCUGAUGAAGCUGUUCCAGGCGCAGCAGGAAUCCUUGAUGAUGGAGAUGCGGAGCGCAUUCGCCAGGAUGGAAGAGACGGCAGGGCGGAGCGAAGGCGAUCACCCGUUCGACGCCAGGACACAGAAGACAGUGGCAUUGCUGCCGGAGUCCGUGGACCCGAUGCCGGGCCAGACUCACGGCCUUGAGGCAGAGAGCCCCGCUUCGAGCAUCUCCAACGAGAUGUCCGUGCGCUCGAGCAUCAACCACCAUUCCAUGGAAACGGUGAACUCAGCGCCCGUCGUGGAUAUCUACCAUGAUGUCGUCGGCCCGAGCAGUCCUUCGCUGAAAGGCGAGCUCCUGCAUUCGCCGUCCAUGGCAGCGACCCCCGUCAAGUCCCUGGGCUUCUCGCAAGGAAAGAAAGAGGAGAAGGAAGAGAAGGUGAUGGACAAGCUGAAACGCUGGAUCAAUGUCCUGGCUGCCACACUUGUGGUGCUGAAUUCCUUGGUCAUGAUGGUGGAGUUAGAGUUGGAGGGCAAUGCCAUUGGGACGCGGAUCGGCCUGGUUAGCGAGGCAAUACCGUACGAACAGGUCAGCCCGAUCUUCGAGACGCUCGACAGUGCCUUCGUGUUUAUCUUCUUGGCGGAGCUGAUCUUCCGCGCCUUUGUUGAGUGGGCAACGUUCAUGAAGGAGUUUGCGUUCUGGUUCGACUUCUUCCUCGUCGCUGCAGGUUUUGUUGACAUGUAUAUCAUCAUGCCCUUGGCUUCUGCUGGGGGGCUGGGAGGAGAGCACAAGAACAUUGUCUUGCUACGGCUCGUGCGGGCGCUGAAGGCGCUCCGCGCAAUCCGUAUGGUGCGCACUUUGCGACUCUUUACAGGGCUUCGACUCCUUGUGAAGGCCUGCCAAUGCUUCCUCCCCUCCCUCGGCUGGUCGAUGGUGCUUCUUGGAGUCUUUAUGUCCAUGGGCGCGCUGGUGCUGGGCACCCUGCUGCAGGACUUUAUCCUGGACCCGACCCAUAGCCUGGAUGACAGACAGUGGGUUUGGAUGCGCUAUGGCACAGCUUAUCGGGCGCUGUACACACUUUACGAAAUAACCUUCGCAGGUAACUGGCCUACCAACGUGAGGCCGGUGCUGGACCGUGCGGGUCAUGGCUUCGUGAUAUUUUUCCUCGUGUACAUCACGAUCAUUGUCUUCGCAGUUAUACGCGUGAUAUCUGCAAUUUUCUUAAAGGACACUUUAGAUGCCGCCAACAAUGAUGCAGAACAUCUUGUCGUGGAGCGACUGCGGAAGAAGGCGGAGUAUGUGGAGAAGCUGGAGCAAGUCUUCCAUGCCAUGGAUGACGCUGGGGAUGGCAUGAUCACCGAAGAACGGCUGACGCACAUUCUGGCGAACCCAGUGGCCAAGGCUUACUUCCAAACGCUGGAUGUCGACAUCUAUGAGAGUGCGGCGCUCUUCCAUCUGCUAGACAACGGAGAUGGCGAGGUCACCUUGGAGGAGUUCAUUGAAGGCAUCAUGCGCUGCAAAGGUCAAGCGCGAGCCAUUGAUCAGGUGGCCAUGCGGGCGGACUUGAAGGCACUUGACUUCAAGCUCUCCAAGCUGGUGAGGAUGCUCAAGAGCUCGGGCAUCAUCUCAACACCCAGCCACAGCCACAAGGAGAAGAGGAAAGGAGCAAAAGUUCCAAAAGUUCUCCGAGAGUCGCCCGCUCUUGAAGCGCUCGCAUGA